GUGCGGGUGGAAGAGGGAGGGAGUGAGAGAGCACAGAGAAAAAAAGAGAAAGAGCGUGUGAGAGAGGGAGAGAGAAAGAAAAAGAGACGAAAGAGGGGAGAGAGAGAGCGCUCGCUAGUUUGAACAGAGGUUGCAGCGGACUUGGAGGAGGCUUUGCAACGCUGCCACGACCGGGAUAACCACUGCAGCCCCCCCGUUCUCGUUAAGCCAGCCCUGAAAGAGCGUGGAAAGCAGCAACCAUGUCAGCUGCAGAUAAGUACCUGUACGUGGACCGCUCUGUGGUGAACAACCCACUGGCGCAGGCGGACUGGGCCAGUAAGAAGCUCGUAUGGGUUCCAUCGGAGCGUCUGGGCUUCGAGGCCGGCUCAGUGAAGGAGGAGCAUGGAGACGAGGUGCUGGUGGAGCUCGCCGACUCCGGCAAGAAAGUCCGUGUCAACAAGGAUGACAUCCAGAAGAUGAACCCUCCGAAGUUUAACAAGGUGGAGGACAUGGCUGAACUGACAUGCCUGAAUGAGGCCUCCGUGCUGCACAACCUGAAAGAGAGAUACUACUCAGGCCUUAUCUACACAUACUCUGGACUCUUCUGUGUGGUGAUAAACCCCUAUAAGAACCUGCCCAUCUACUCAGAAGAGAUUGUGGAAAUGUACAAGGGAAAAAAGAGACACGAGAUGCCCCCCCACAUCUAUGCCAUCACAGAUACUGCAUACAGAAGCAUGAUGCAAGAUCGUGAGGAUCAGUCCAUCCUGUGCACGGGUGAGUCUGGAGCUGGAAAGACAGAAAACACCAAGAAGGUCAUUCAGUAUCUGGCCCAUGUGGCCUCCUCUCACAAGACCAAGAAAGACCAGAACAGCUCGGUCCUGUCACAUGGAGAGCUGGAGAAACAGCUGCUGCAGGCAAACCCCAUCCUCGAGGCCUUCGGUAACGCCAAAACUGUCAAGAACGACAAUUCCUCAAGAUUUGGCAAAUUCAUCAGAAUCAACUUUGAUGUUAACGGUUACAUUGUUGGAGCCAACAUUGAGACCUACCUUCUGGAGAAAUCCCGUGCCAUCCGCCAGGCCAGAGAAGAGAGAACCUUCCAUGUUUUCUACUACAUGCUCUCUGGAGCUGGAGACAAAAUACGCACUGAACUGUGUCUGGAGGGCUACAGUAAGUAUCGCUUCCUGUCCAAUGGCAACGUCACCAUCCCAGGCCAGCAAGACAAAGAUAUGUUCACUGACACCAUGGAGGCCAUGCGCAUCAUGGGCUUCUCUCAGGAGGAGCAGAUUGGUUUGCUGCGGGUGGUGUCCUCAGUACUGCAGCUGGGCAACAUGAGCUUUAAGAAGGAGCGUCACUCUGACCAGGCCUCUAUGCCUGAUGACACGGCGGCACAGAAAGUGUGUCACCUGAUGGGCAUGAACGUGACCGACUUCACUCGGGCCAUCCUGUCUCCGCGCAUCAAGGUGGGUCGAGACUACGUUCAGAAGGCCCAGACGCAGGAGCAGGCUGAGUUUGCAGUGGAGGCUCUGGCCAAGGCCACCUAUGAGAGAAUGUUCCGCUGGCUUGUCAUGCGCAUCAACAAAGCUCUGGACAAGACCAAGCGUCAGGGGGCCUCCUUCAUCGGCAUCCUGGAUAUUGCCGGCUUCGAGAUCUUUGAGCUGAACUCAUUCGAGCAGCUGUGCAUCAACUACACCAACGAGAAGCUGCAGCAGCUGUUCAACCACACCAUGUUCAUCCUGGAGCAGGAGGAGUACCAACGCGAAGGCAUCGAGUGGAGCUUCAUCGACUUCGGCCUGGAUCUGCAGCCCUGCAUUGACCUCAUCGAGAAACCUGCGAGUCCCCCUGGUAUCCUGGCUCUGCUGGACGAGGAGUGCUGGUUCCCCAAAGCCACAGACAAGAGCUUUGUGGAGAAGGUCUUGCAGGAGCAGGGCACACAUCCCAAAUUCUUCAAACCCAAAAAACUGAAGGACGAGGCUGACUUCUGCAUCAUCCACUACGCUGGCAAAGUGGACUACAAAGCUGAUGAAUGGCUGAUGAAGAACAUGGACCCCCUGAACGAUAAUGUGGCGACACUGCUCAACCAGUCCACUGAUAAGUUUGUGUCCGAGCUGUGGAAGGACGUGGACCGUAUCGUUGGGUUGGAUAAGGUGGCCGGUAUGUCGGAGUUGCCCGGCGCUUUUAAGACUCGUAAGGGAAUGUUCAGGACUGUUGGUCAGCUCUAUAAGGAGCAGCUGUCCAAACUGAUGGCCACUCUCAGGAACACCAACCCCAACUUUGUGCGCUGUAUCAUCCCCAACCAUGAGAAGAAGGCCGGCAAGUUGGACCCUCACCUGGUUCUGGAUCAGCUCAGGUGUAAUGGUGUCCUGGAGGGAAUCCGUAUCUGCAGACAGGGCUUCCCCAACCGCAUUGUCUUCCAGGAGUUCAGACAGAGGUACGAGAUCCUCACUCCUAAUGCCAUCCCUAAAGGCUUCAUGGAUGGCAAACAGGCCUGUGUGUUGAUGAUCAAAGCUCUGGAGCUGGACCCUAACCUGUACCGGAUCGGACAGAGUAAAGUGUUCUUCCGGGCUGGAGUUCUUGCCCACCUGGAGGAGGAGCGAGACAUGAAGAUUACUGACGUCAUCAUCAGCUUCCAGGCCUGGUGCCGUGGCUACGUUGCACGCAAGGCGUUCGCUAAGAGGCAGCAGCAGCUGACGGCCAUGAAGGUGAUCCAGAGGAACUGCGCCGCUUAUCUCAAACUCAGAAAUUGGCAGUGGUGGAGACUCUUUACAAAGGUGAAGCCUCUGCUCCAGGUGAGCCGGCAGGAGGAGGAGAUGCAGGCCAAAGAGGACGAGCUCAACAAAGUCAAAGAGAAGCAGGUGCAGGCUGAGAAACAGCUGGAAGAUAUGGAGGUCAAACAGCAGCAGCUGAUGGCGGAGAAGCUGGCGCUGCAGGAGCAGCUGCAGGCUGAGAUGGACUUGUGUGCCGAGGCAGACGAGAUGAGGAACCGACUGGUGGCGAAAAAGCAGGAGCUAGAGGAGAUCCUGCACGACCUUGAGGCUCGAGUGGAGGAAGAGGAGGAGAGAGCCAAUCACCUUCAAACAGAGAAGAAGAAGAUGCAGCAGAAUAUCACGGAUCUGGAGCAGCAGCUGGAUGAGGAAGAAGCAGCCCGUCAGAAGCUGCAGCUGGAGCGCGUCACUCUGGAGGCCAAACUGAAGAAGGUGGAGGAGGACGUCAUGGUGCUGGAUGACCAAAACAACAAACUGGCUAAGGAGAAGAAGCUUUUGGAAGAAAGAGUUGCCGAGUUCACAACCAACCUGGCAGAGGAGGAGGAGAAAUCCAAGAGUCUACAGAAGCUGAAGAACAAACAUGAAGCCAUGAUCACAGAUCUAGAGGACCGUCUGCGGCGGGAGGAGAAGCUGCGCCAGGAGUUGGAGAAGAACCGCAGGAAGCUGGAGGGUGACUCCACAGAGCUUCACGAUCAGAUCGCUGAGCUGCAGGCCCAAAUCGCUGAGCUCCGUGCUCAGCUGGCCAAGAAGGAGGAGGAGCUCCAGGAGGCGCUGGCCAGGAUUGAGGAGGAAGCAGCGCAGAAGAAUCUGGCCCAGAAGAAGAUCCGUGAGCUGGAGGCUCAGUUGAGUGAGCUGCAGGAGGAUUUGGAGCUGGAGCGGGCUGCUCGCACUAAAGCAGAGAAACACAGGCGUGACCUGGGAGAGGAGCUGGAAGCACUGAAGACUGAGCUGGAGGACACACUGGACUCCACCGCCGCCCAGCAAGAACUCAGGGCAAAGCGUGAGACAGAGGUGGCUCAGCUGAAGAAGACUCUGGAUGAGGAAGCUAAAGUGCAUGAGCAGGUGGUGCUGGAGAUGAGGCAGAAACACAGUCAGGCAUUCGAUGAGCUCAAUGAGCAACUGGAACAGGCUAAGAGGAAUAAGGUGUCUGUGGACAAGGCCAAGCAAGCUCUGGAGUCAGAGCGCAAUGAGUUGCAGAUCGAAUUGCAGACACUGAUGCAGGGGAAAGGCGAGUCUGAGCACCGCAGGAAGAAAGCUGAGGCUCAGGUGCAGGAGCUGCAGGUCAAACAUGCCGAGAGUGAGAAGCAGAGAGCUGAACUGGCCGAAAAAGUGACCAAGUUGCAGGCAGAGCUGGAUAACGUGAACAGCUUGCUCAGCGAAGUAGAGGGGAAGUCCAUCAAAGCAACCAAAGACUGCUCUGCCGUGGAAUCACAGCUGCAGGACGUCCAGGAGCUGCUCCAGGAGGAGACCCGUCAGAAGUUGUCUUUGGGCACGCGACUGCGGCAGCUGGAGGACGAGCAGAACAGCCUGAAAGAACAGCUGGAGGAAGAGGAGGAGGCCAAGAGGAACGUAGAGAAACAGCUGCAGGCUGCGCAGGCCCAGCUGGGUGAGCUGCGUAAGAAGAUGGAGGCAGAGGCAGGCUGUUUGGAGAACGCAGAAGAAGGUAAGAAGCGUCUUCAGCGUGACCUGGAGGCAGUCAGUCAGCGGCUGGAGGAAAGAAACCUGGGCUACGACAAGCUGGACAAGACCAAGACCCGUUUGCAGCAGGAGCUGGACGACCUGCUGGUUGAUCAGGACCACCUGCGCCAGAUCGUAUCCAACCUAGAGAAGAAACAGAAGAAGUUCGACCAGAUGUUGGCGGAGGAGAAGUCUGUCUCAGCUCGUUAUGCAGAGGAGCGUGACCGUGCCGAGGCUGAGGCUCGAGAGAAGGAGACACGGGCUCUGGCUCUGGCCCGCGAACUCGAGACCAUCUCUGACAUGAAGGAUGAACUUGACCGAGCAAACAAGCUGCUCCGGGCUGAGAUGGAGGACCUGGUCUCCUCCAAGGAUGAUGUUGGAAAGAGCGUGCAUGAGCUGGAGAAGUCGAAGCGUGGGAUGGAGCAGCAGCUGGAGGAGAUGCGCACACAGCUGGAGGAGCUGGAGGACGAGCUACAAGCCACGGAGGACGCCAAGCUGAGGCUGGAAGUCAACAUGCAGGCCAUGAAGGCACAGUAUGAGCGCGACCUGGCAGGAAGGGAUGAGAUGGGAGAGGAGAAGAAGAGGCAGCUUGUCAAACAGGUACGGGAGAUGGAGAUGGAGCUGGAGGACGAGAGGAAGCAGCGCUCUGUUGCCGUGGCAGCCCGUAAGAAGAUGGAGCUGGACCUGAAGGAGCUGGAGGCAGCCAUCGACCAGGCCAACAAGAACCGCGACGAGGCCCUCAAACAGCUCAAGAAACUUCAGGCUCAGAUGAAGGACCUGCUGCGGGAGCUGGACGAGACACGUCUCUCCAGGGAGGAGAUUCUGGCCCAGAGCAAAGAGAACGAGAAGAAGGUCAAGAGCAUGGAGGCAGAAAUGAUCCAAAUGCAGGAGGAACUGGCUGCAGCAGAGCGUAUGAAAAGACAGGCUCAGCAGGAAAGAGACGAACUGCAGGACGAGAUCAACAACCAGGCCAGCAAGACUGCUCUAGCCGUGGAGGAGAAACGUCGACUGGAGGCGAGAAUCGCACAGUUGGAGGAGGAGCUGGAGGAGGAGCAGGGCAACACAGAGCUCCUGAACGACCGUCUGAAGAGAUCUCUGCUGCAGGUGGAUCAGGUCAAUGUGGAGCUCACUGCAGAGCGCAGCACCUCCCAGCGUUUGGAGGGUGCGCGGUCACAGUUUGAGCGCCAGAACAAGGAGCUGAAACUCAAACUGACAGAGAUGGAGGGUACAGUGAAGAGCAAAUACAAGGCCACUAUCGCCGCUCUGGAGGCCAAAAUCGCACAGCUCGAAGAGCAGCUGGAUGUUGAGACCAGAGAGAGGCAGUCGGCCACCAAAUUGGUGCGUCGUACGGAGAAGAAGUUAAAGGAGGUCGUUCUGCAGGUGGACGAUGAGAGACGCAACUCUGAACAGUACAAAGACCAGGCAGAGAAACUGAACAGCCGUAUGAAGCAGCUGAAGAGGCAGCUGGAGGAGGCUGAGGAGGAGGCGCAGAGAGCUAAUGCUAACCGCAGAAAACUGCAGCGUGAGCUGGAGGACGCCACCGAGUCAGCCGACGCCAUGAACCGUGAGGUGUCCUCACUCAAGAGCAAACUCAGGCGUGGCGAUUUGCCCUUCACCAUGCGCCGCGUUGUCAGCCGCGGAGGUGUGGAGAGUGACGAAGAGAGCGAGGCCAAGAGCGAAACCCCUGAACCCAAACCAGAGUGAACAAACUCUUACAGUGCCACCUGCUGGCUGCAGUGCUGAACUGCAGCUGUGUUUUUCUUACAUGCACACAUGUACACACACCUUUGGACAUCGCUGUCCACUGGAACUCAGAGAUACACACAUGAUUUGUUAGUGCCAUAGCAAAUUCUCUCUCUCAAAAACACACACACACAUACACGUUCCGUUGACAAUCAACACUUCCAACACAGUUAUUCGUCACUCAGCCAAGGACCAAAUUUUGUCUUGUCGUGUUUGUUCUCUGGGAUUUAAAAGAUAAUGAACGAUAUUUUUGUAAGGAGACAUUCCAGUUCUCGUAGGCUCGUUUUCGGAUCUAUUUUUCUAAUUGAAGUAACGGAAGCGCAGAAGUGUGUGAAAGAUUGAACCAGUCGUUAAAAGUGAAGAACACAAACUGUUGGAAGGGGACCAAAAUGGCGAGGCUCUCUACAGAAGUGUAUUUUAUUCUGACGUUUUAUAAAAGGCACAAGGAUGAAAGUAUACUACCCAGUUAUGAUAACUGCUGCAUCCUCUGUCUCUCUUUCUCUCUCUCCUUCUCCUUAUCUAUCUCUCUCGCCUGUGUUGGUAAAUUAGAGGCACUUGUACUGUAUAAAAGUAGCAUCUUCCACUUUUUGCGCUUUUUGGGCUUGAUGAAACUGUAACCCGUACUUCAUUUAACUCGAACGUGCACCAAAAAUAUUAGCAGUGUGCACUGUAACAUGAUUAGGAUUACAUAUGUCUUCACACUGAGCAAUACAACAGAUCUAAUUGGAACGAAUGGAAGGAAAAGUCGGGCGAUGCACAAGCUCAUAGACACAGCACUAUGCACUAUAGCCUUAAAGUCAGAUGCAUUCUACUAUUAUGACUUUUUCCGAUCCUCAAAUUUUUUUUUAUGUAAUUUUGGACGUUUCCUACAGUCUCUUUACUGAUGUGCAGGGAAAAGCCGGGUGGUGGGGUAGAUUUAUUCUCUCACAGCACACUGUAAUCCGCUUUUCUUGCUCACACUGCUGGGAAGUGAGAGGAGUUUAUUCUAAUGUUGACGUAUGAAUAGCUAACGAGUACUCUCCAUACAUACAUAACGACACAAAAAAGAGAAUGCAAAAUCUUAAUUUUGUACUAUUGUUUUUUUUCUGCAACUCUAAAAUGAUAUCCAGAGAGAGGAGUUGCAAACUGUUGGUAUUAUGCAAAUAAACAUGGCUUUCUAAAACGGC